AUGAAAGAUGAUGGAUGCGAGAAAGAAAUCAGUAUGAGGCAUGAAAGUACGAGAGGCAUAAUUGAUAGAACUGGAAUGAAAGAGUACAACUGUUUGGUCCUUCGAAAAUCGGAUAAGAAGUGUGGUGCUUUCGCCAUACUCAAUAGUGUUUGGUCCUUCGAACGUCGGAUACAGAAAAAAGAAAAAAUCAGCGUCAUGGCAAAUUACACAAGAAGCCGCAAGAACAGAUCAGAAUCGGGAAUCGGUGAAUCGGAACGCGCCUUACAAGCAAAUUCUGCCACCUUUCAACAGAUCCACGAAGAAUCUCCGAGAUCACCAUCAACAGCCGUAGAAACAAUAUCACAAGGAAGAGCAAUAGAAAAAUCGCUAGUGCGAAUUUCUAUGGCACCCCCGGCGCCCCUCGCCCCGCUAGAAGGAGAUAGCGCACAACCGUCGACGUCACAGCGGACAGAGACGACACAGUCUUGUAGGCCUCCAUCGCCUACAGGUACUGUGCGCUCUCGGCGUUCGACAAACAGCGCUAUAGCCCGCAUUAGAUUGGCCGAGUACGAGGCUGAAAAGCAACUAGCGGAGCUCGAAGAAAGGCGCCUGAACAUACAGAAAAAUCUAAUCAAAAGGCGAUUAGAAGCGAACAUCUUGGCGAUAGAAGCGGAUGAAGCGGCGACCAUAGACGAAAAUGAAAUAGUCUGCGAAUGGAUCGAUAGGAGUCAAGCUACCAACCAACCACAGGAGUCAGACGUACAACCUCCCCUCGCAACGGAAGUGCGGGGGGAGGAGCGGAUGCAACAAAGAGGGGAAGGGAUCGAACAGCUCGCAAACGUGUUAGAGAAAAUGAUCCAUUCCAGACCGCCGCCGCGACAGACGUCAGACCUCCCGCCAUUCAACGGUAGCAUCAUGGAGUGGCUUCCCUUCAAGGCGGCUAUGGAGGAUUCAACGCGACUGUAUAAGUUCAGCGCAACAGAGAAUCUUCUCCGACUAAGAAAUAGCCUCCGAGGGGAAGCAAGAGAGAUAGUGCUCUCUCAGCUAUACACGGCAACUCACCCGGAUCUUAUUAUGAAGACGCUGGAAAUGAAGUAUGGCCGGCCCGAAUACAUCGUAGAUAAGGCGAUGGAAGAUCUAAAGAGACUUCCGAGGGUCGGCAGCUCCAGCGGGGAAUUGAACGAGUUAGCCGUCAAGCUCCAGAACAUCGUCUACACAAUGAAGAGUGUAGACAAAAGAGGUUAUCUCCAGAAUCCGCUAUUAAUAAGGGACGUCAUGGAGAAGCUUAGCCCGUAUUUAAUAAGCAAAUGGGCGGAACACGCGGCGGUGAAUGAAGAGAGAAUCGCCUGUGACAACGAGAUAACGGUGCUCGCCGAGUUUUUGAUGGCGGAAGCAGACAAGCUGCUACGUUUCACGCACACCGGUAGACACGGCGCUUCAGGGUUUCUCAGAAGGGAGCGACCAACAACGAAGAGGACCGUGGUUAAAGAAAGGGUAUUUACUACUAGUGAAGCAACGCGUGAAGAGCAAUCAGUCAUGUGCUUCCGAUGCAAGUCGACGAGUCACUAUACCCCGUUGUGUCCGCAGCUAAAGAAACUUACUACGAAUGAAGUGUGGCAGUGGGCUAAGGAACAGCGGCUAUGCUUCAGAUGCAUGAAGCGGAAACAUAGCAGAGCCACAUGCCAGGCAAAACUCUGCGGAGUCGAUGGAUGCAAGAUGCCACACCACGCCAUUUUGCACAAAAAAGCAGAAGUUGUUCCUAAAGAGGAAGAACCGUGGGCAGAACAGAGCACACCGGCGACAGUAAUGAAUGUCGCAACAAAGUCAAUGCCAGGAACCGUGUUACUGAAGACCUGCAAGGUAAAAUUAAGUGGUCUACGGUGGGAGGUCAUCACGGACGCGCUCCUCGACGAAGGGUCUACAGUAACGUUGAUCGACGAAGACCUGGCAUACGAGAUCGUCAAAGGGGGUCCGAAGAAGCCGCUCAAGCUUAAAGGUAUCAAUGAAGAUCGACGAGUGAGCAGCGCAACAGUAAAGUUCCACAUCCAAGGCGUACACGAGGAUGUGAAACAUGAGAUUACAGCAAGAACGGUCAAAGGGUUGCAGCUGUGUCGGCAGCGAGUACCGGAUAAUUUGACUCGAUAUAAACAUCUACGAGGCGUCGUGAGACACACCGUUAACGAAGACGUCAAGCCUCGGAUGUUGAUCGGUGCUGACAACUGGCACCUGAUUGUGUCGAGACAACUGCGUACCGGUAAACACAACGAACCAGCCGCAUCGAGAACCAUGCUGGGAUGGGUGAUCCACGGUUCAGUGCCCGAAAGGAUUAUAAUGCAGAAAGAAGAAUCUGUGCUCCACGUAUUCACUCCAGCCAGCGAUGUGCAGCUGCAAAGGCUCGUCGAGAAACACUUCGACGUCGACUCACUAGGAAUAACGAACAAAACUCGAGUCAGUGAGAACGACAAGAGAGCGGAACGGAUCCUAAAGGAGACGAUCAAACGAAAAGGCAAUCAGUUCGAGGUCGGGUUACCAUGGAAAACCGACAACCUGGUACUACCCGACAGCUACGAAUACGCACUCAAGAGACUUCGCACGCUCGAAAAGAAAAUGAGCAAAGAGCCCGCAUUCAAAAGGGAAUACGGGAAGCAAGUCGCGAAUCUCAUCGGUAAGGGCUACGCAGAGGAAUGCGACGGUAGCGAACAAGCAAGCAGCGUCAAGUGGUACCUACCGCACUUCGCCGUCGUCAACAUAAACAAGCCAGAACGGGUACGGAUGGUGUUCGACGCAGCGGCCAGAGUGGACGGCGUGAGCUUGAACGACUGCCUUCUGGAAGGACCGGAUUUGCUAGCGUCGUUGACCGGUAUAUUAUUCGGGUUCCGCGAGAAGAAGAUCGCGGUCACGGCGGACAUCGAGGAAAUGUUCCUACGAGUGAAGAUCCGCCCCGAAGAUCAACCGGCACAGAUGUUCCUGUGGCGAGACGGUCCCAAUGAAAAACCGCGCACAUUUAAAAUGACGUCGAUGAUAUUCGGGGCGUCGUGUUCACCGUUUCUCGCUCACAGCGUGAGAAACUACAACGCUUCCGAAUUUGAAGACGAGUACCCCGAGCCAGCGCGAGCCAUAAAGGAAAAGCACUACAUGGAUGACUACUUAGACAGCUUCGACGACGAAAACAAAGCGAUCGAAACGAUACGGGACGUCAUGCGAAUACAUGAAAGGGCUAACUUUAACCUCCGGGGAUGGAACUCGAACAGCACAAAGGUGCUCGAGAGUAUACCGGAGGUUAAGCGGUCAAAGAACUCAGACGUCCGACUAACGGCGCACCAAAUGGAGAAGACUCUCGGGCUCAGAUGGAACCCGAGAGAGGACACUGUCGGCUUCAAUACGGACAUCAAAAGAGUCCCGGAAGCCGUCAAAACUCAACGUAGAGUGCCGACAAAGCGGGAGGCACUAAGCGCCGUCAUGUCUAUCUACGAUCCACUAGGACUCAUUAGCCAGUACACCGUGGUAGGGAAGAUAAUCCUACAAAGGCUGUGGCUGAAGAAGGUGCAAUGGGACGAAGAGCUCCCAAGCGACGAAGCUGAAGAGUUUCAGCAGUGGGUAACCGGUCUAGAAGACAUCUCCGCCCUGGCUCUGCCGCGAUGCUACAGUAUGGAGAUAGCACCGGGGUCAGAGGUACAGCUGCACGUGUUCAACGACGCUAGUGAACAAGCCUUUGCGACGACAGCCUACUGGAGGAUCCGUCACGAGGACGGCGCCAUAGAAGUAGCGCAUGUCAUGGGAAAAGCAAAGGUGGCGCCGUUAAAGCUGUUAACGAUACCGCGGCUAGAACUGCAGGCGGCGGUUAUUGGAGCUCGGAUGGCCAGUGUGAUAGUUAAAGAACACACAUGGAAACCGAGCAAGGUGGUUUACUGGACCGACUCCAAAACGGUGCUUCAUUGGAUCCGAAACGAAGACAAGAAGUACACACCGUUCGUGGCACACAGGCUUGCUGAAAUCGCCGAGUUAUCACAUAAAGACGACUGGCGAUGGAUAUCAACAGACGACAACGUAGCAGACGACGCUACGCGCAUUGGAACCAGACGGAUAAGCAGAACGGACCGCUGGUUCAAUGGACCUUCGUUUUUGAGAACGCCUGAGGAAGAGUGGCCUACAAUGAUACCGGACGGCGAGCGACACGACGAAGUAGUGUACAGUACGUCAGAAGGGAGUACUAGCGAUGACGUCACGCUACCCGACAUCAGCCGGUUCUCAUCGUAUAAGAGGCUAAUAAGAGCCACGGCCAUGGUACGAUUAUUCAUCGAAAGGCUCAAAGAAAAACAGAGAGACAUCCCAUUGCAAGUAGCGCACAUGAAAGACGCCGAAGCGAGGUGGAUACGACAAUCUCAAAAGGAGUCAUUCGGCGAUGAGUUAAACAGGUUAAAAACAAAACAGCCGCUUCGUAAAAACAGCAAGCUUACGAAGUUGGACCCGGAUAUAGAAGACGGCAUAUUAAAAGCGAGAGGACGCAUUGGAGCGUCAACGGUAACAACACACUCCAACCGACCAGUGAUAUUAGACGGCGGGCACUCCUUCACAAGGUUACUGAUAGACAACGGACAUCGGAACGCCGGGCACGCGAAUAACGAGCGCGUAGAGGCACGAGAAGAGAUGGUGUGCAUUGUUCACAUGCCUAACAACGCGAGCAGUGCACCUAGAGAUCGUACCGUCUCUAUCAACGGACUCGGCAAUUAUGGCGUUGCGACGAAUGGCCGCCAGAAGGGGCUGGCCGCGAGUUAUUUACUCCGACAACGCCACGAAUUUCCGAGGCGCCGACGUCGAGCUGCGAGAUUGUUAUCGAAAAUGGAUCCCGAGCUCCGGAACUACUGUCUACAAUAUGAGACAGAAUGGCGAUUCAUACCACCGGGGGCGCCACACAUGGGAGGCGCAUGGGAACGAUUGGUGCGCUCUGUUAAAGCGGCGCUCAGUACAACGCUGAAGGAGAAAUCUCCGAAGGAGGAAGUGCUUCAGACACUACUCACGGAAGCAGAGUACAGCAUAAAUGCGAGGCCGCUGACGCACGUUCCAGUAGACUACGAAGAAGAAGAAGCCUUAACUCCAAAUCACUUCUUAAUGGGGUCGUCGACAGGCCUGCCUAGGACGGGGCCGUGUACCGAAGCGGAUCGCAGCACAUGGCGGCGAUCACAGGCGAUGGCGGACCAGUUCUGGAGACGAUGGCUCAGGGAGUACCUGCCGACACUCAUACCAAGAGGGCAAUCGAGGAUGGAGGGACCGCAGCUGCAGCCGAACGACCUCGUCAUGAUCGUCGACGGCACGCUGCCACGCAACACAUGGCCCAGGGGGAUCAUCGUACGAGUGUAUCCGGGACCAGACGGCGUCGUCCGAGCGGCCGACGUGCGAACCAAGGGAGGUGUGUUCCGGAGACCUGCAACGAAGAUCGCCGUCCUGCUGAGGGGAGAGGCUGCGAAGAGUCUACGCCGGGGGGAGAAUGUUACGGACGGCUUACGUCACAAUUGA